GUGUGCGGGGCUCGGCCGGGCUCGGCCGGGAGCCCCUUCCCGCCGUCCCCGUGGGGUCCGGGCAGCCCCGAACCCCAUCCGGCCGGGGGCGCGGCGGGCUCGGGCCGGGAGCCGUGCGGCGGGGUCGGUGGGCAGGGCCCCGCAGCCCCAGGCGCGGCCUGGCUGUUCGUUCGGUGGCGGCUGUGCCGUGUCACCGCAGGGAGCCGGAAUAAACCUGGGGCAGCCUUUUGGUUUAAGGGCUUCUGUGAAAUGGUUUUCAUAUGCUGAACUCCAGCUUGCAUUGCCUCAUUGCUGCACGUUUGUAAAAAGCAGGAAGUCAAGAUGAAGAGCAGAGUGACACAAGUAAAUCAUGGCUCCAGUCACGAAAGGAAGGAAAACUACAGUUCCCGACGUGAAAGCCUGUCUCCAGAGGACAGGGACAUGGAGCGUGAUAGGUCUCGUUCUCCAACUCCCAGGAAGAGGAGAUACUCUGAUGACAGCAGAUAUGAUGAGGAAUAUUCAAGACGGGAAUACUAUGAUGACAGAAGUUCAGAUGGAAGAAGGAUGGAAAGGGGGAGAGAUAGGCACUAUGACAGGUGGGAGGACAGAGAGUAUGAUCGAAGGAAGCAGAGGCGAUACUCGUCACCUGACCGCAGGAGUCCAGACAGGUCGACAGGCCAGAGCUCGCUCGCCCAUGACGAGACCACCUCAAAGAAGAAGAAAGAGGAAGUGGAUCCAAUCCUCACUCGCACAGGUGGUGCAUAUAUUCCACCUGCCAAGCUCAGGAUGAUGCAAGAGCAAAUCACUGAUAAAAAUAGCUUGGCAUACCAAAGGAUGAGUUGGGAAGCCUUGAAGAAGUCAAUCAAUGGUCUUGUCAAUAAAGUGAACGUUUCAAAUAUAGAAAACAUCAUUCAUGAGCUCCUUCAGGAGAAUAUUGUUCGGGGCAGGGGGUUGCUGUCUAGAUCCAUUUUGCAAGCUCAGAGUGCCUCUCCGAUUUUUACUCAUGUUUAUGCAGCGCUUGUGGCAAUUAUCAAUUCAAAGUUUCCAAAUAUUGGUGAAUUGAUCCUCAAGAGGCUGAUACUGAAUUUUCGUAAAGGGUAUCGCAGGAAUGACAAGCAACUGUGUCUAACAUCUUCAAAAUUUGUUGCACAUUUGAUGAAUCAAAAUGUGGCUCACGAGGUUUUAUGUUUGGAAAUGCUCACUUUGCUUCUUGAAAGGCCUACUGAUGACAGUAUUGAAGUAGCAAUUGGAUUUAUUAAAGAGAGUGGGCUCAAAUUAACAGAAGUUUCUCCUAGAGGUAUUAAUGCAAUCUUUGAUCGCCUUCGACACAUUCUGCACGAGUCUAAAAUUGAUAUGCGUGUUCAGUACAUGAUAGAAGUCAUGUUUGCUGUGCGGAAGGAUGGCUUCAAGGAUCAUCCAAUCAUUCCAGAGGGAUUAGAUCUAGUGGAAGAGGAGGAUCAGUUUACUCAUAUGUUGCCAUUGGAAGAUGACUACAACCCAGAGGAUGUUCUUAAUGUUUUCAAGAUGGAUCCGAACUUUAUGGAAAAUGAGGAGAAAUACAAAAUGCUGAAGAAAGAAAUUCUUGAUGAGGGUGACACUGAAUCUGAAGGAAAUGAAGAAGCUGGAAGUAGUGAAGAAGAUGAAGACGACGAUGAGGAGGAGGAUGAAGAUGGUCAGAAAGUUACUGUCCAUGACAAAACAGAAAUUAACCUGGUCUCAUUCCGUCGUACAAUUUAUCUGGCAAUUCAGUCAAGCUUAGACUUUGAAGAAUGUGCUCACAAACUGCUGAAGAUGGACUUCCCUGAAAGUCAGACUAAAGAACUCUGCAAUAUGAUACUUGACUGCUGUGCUCAGCAAAGAACGUAUGAGAAAUUCUUUGGGUUACUGGCAGGGCGUUUCUGCAUGUUAAAGAAAGAAUAUAUGGAGUCCUUUGAAGCCAUUUUCAAGGAACAGUAUGAUACUAUCCAUCGUUUGGAAACAAACAAACUGAGGAACGUGGCCAAGAUGUUCGCUCAUCUGCUGUACACCGAUUCCAUUCCCUGGAGUGUCCUUGAAUGUAUAAUACUGAGUGAAGAAACUACCACAUCCUCCAGUAGAAUUUUUGUCAAAAUAUUCUUUCAGGAACUCAGUGAAUAUAUGGGUCUUCCUAAUUUAAAUGCAAGAUUAAAAGAUGAGACACUGCAGCCUUUCUUUGAGGGAUUAUUGCCUCGGGAUAACCCAAGAAACACUCGCUUUGCCAUCAAUUUCUUCACUUCUAUUGGCCUUGGAGGACUAACGGAUGAAUUGCGGGAACAUCUUAAAAAUGCACCAAAGUUGAUUAUGACACAGAAACAAAAUGUUGAGUCGUCAGAUUCCUCUUCAUCUUCAGACACAGACUCUUCCUCAGAUUCUGAUUCUGACAGCAGCAGUAGUAGUUCAGAGUCAUCCAGCAGCAGUGACUCCUCAUCUAGCAGUGACAGCAGUAGUGACUCAGAUGUUUCGAAAGCCAAAAGAAGGAGGAUGCAGAAGAAAAAUAGAGAAUCUGAUAAAGUUUCCAGGAAAAAACAAGAAAGGAGAAGAAAAUCGCUUGAAAAGAAGAAUGAAAGGAGGCAGCAAGAAGAAAGAAGUGAUACUGAGAGGAAAUCAGAAAGAAAUCACCGCCAUUUAAGAGAAUCGCACAGGAGAGAUGAAGUUUCAAAAUACCACCACAGAGAGGAAUCCAAUGGCAGAGAUGGUUACCACAGCAGAAAGGACAGGAACCACGAAAGAAGUAAGGAUGCAGAAAAUAAACACAGUAAUUCAAAACUGAAGAAAACAGAAAGAAGAACUUCUGUGUCCGAUGAUGAAAAGUACAGACAUUGGAGCAAAGACGAUGGACAUCGUAGUAGGAAAAGAGAGAGAUCAAAAUCCCGGGAGAGGGAGCGUGGCCGUGCCAGCCCGAGGGAAGAGGAGCAGGAGGAGCGCUCCAGGAACGGUUUGGAGAAGCAGCGGGACAAGGACAAGCACAGCCGGCACCCCAAGCAGCACAGGGAGUCCCGCCGGAGCGACAACCGGCGCAGGGAGAGCUCCCCGCACCGCAGGGAGAACAGGGAGAGCUCCCCGCACCGCAGAGAGAACAGGGAGAGCUCCCCGCACCGCAGGGAGAGCAGGAAGAACAGGGAGAACAGGGAGAGCAGGGAGAGCUCCCCGCACCGCCGGGAGAGCAGGGAGAACAGGGAGAGCUCCCCAAACCGCAGGGAGAAUGCGGAGAGCUCCCUGCACCGCAGGGAGAACAGGGAGACUUCCCCGCACCGAAAGGAGAACAGAGAGAGCUCCCCACACCGCAGGGAGUACAGGGAGAGCUCCCCGCGCCGCAGAGAGGACAGGGAGAACAGGGAGAGCUCCCCACACCACAGGGAGAACAGGGAGAGCUCCCCCAACCGCAGAGAGAACAGGGAGAGUUCCUUGCACCGCAGGGAGAACGCGGAGAGCUCCCUGAACCGCAGAGAGAACAGGGAGACUUCCCCGCACCGCAGGGAGUACAGGGAGGGCUCCCUGCACCGUAGGGAGACCAGGGAGAGCUCCCUGCGCCACAGGGAGAGCUCCUCACCCCGCAGAGAGAACAGGGAAAGCUCCCCACACCACAGAGAGAACAGAGAGAGCUCCCUGCACCAUAGGGAGGCCAGGGAGAGCUCCUUGCGCCACAGAGAGAACAGGGAGAGCUCCCCGCGCCACAGAGAGAACAGGGAGAGCUCCCCGCGCCACAGAGAGAACAGGGAGAGCUCCCCGCGCCACAGAGAGAACAGGGAGAGCUCCCCGCGCCACAGAGAGAACAGGGAGAGCUCCCCGCACUGUAGGGAGAACAGGCAGAGCUCCCCGAACCGCAGAGAGAAUUCCCUGCACCACAGGGAGAGCUCCCCGCGCCACAGGGAGAACAGGGAGAGCUCCCUGCACCAUAGGGAGAGUUCCCCGCUCCGUAGGGAGAACAGAGAGAGCUCUCCGCACCGCAGGGAGAACAGAGAGAAUUCCCCGCACCGCAGGGAGAGCUCCCUGCACCACAGAGAGAACAGGGAGAGCUCCCCGUACCGCAGGGAUAAUAGGGAGACUUCCCCACACCGUAGGGAGAACAGAGAGAGCUCCCCACAUCGCAAAGAGAGCUCCCCUCACCGCAGGGAGAACAGGGAGAGCUCCCUGCGCUACAGAGAGAACAGGGAGAGCUCUCCACGCCGCAGAGAGAACAGAGAGAAUUCCCCGCACCGCAGGGAGAGUUCCCCACGCCGCAGAGAGAACAGGGACAGUUCCCCGCACCGCAGGGAGAACAGGGAGAGCUCUCCGCACCACAGGGAGGACAGGGACAGUUCCCCGUACCGCAGGGACAGUUCCCCACGCCGCAGAGAGAACAGGGAGAGCUCCCCGUACCGCAGGGACAGUUCCCCGCGCCGCAGAGAGAGCAGGGACAGUUCCCCACACCGUAGGGAUCGCAGGGAGAGCUCCCCGCACCGCAGAGAGAACAGGGAGAGUUCCCCACGCCGCAGAGAGAGCAGGGACAGUUCCCCGCACCGCAGGGAGAACAGGGACAGUUCCCCGCGCUGCAGAGAGAACAGGGAGAGCUCCCCGCGCCGCAGAGAGAACAGGGAGAGCUCCCCGCGCCGCAGAGAGAACAGGGACAGUUCCCCGCGCCGCAGAGAGAACAGGCAGAGCUCCCCGCGCCGCAGGGAGAGUUCCCCGCGCCGCAGGAACUCACCACACCGGCGGAAAUAAUCCAGUCACCAACUGCAGUCAAGCUGCGCUCCUGAGCUGUUAGAACUGUAUUUUAAAACCUAUUACUGAAGUUUCUUUAAAAAAAAAAAAAAGGUUUUGUACAAAGUGAUAAUUUGCAUUUGUAAAUUUUACCAGACUUUUUCAGAUUUUCAGUACCACUUUUUUAUAACUGUAUCAUUGAGUCUUUCUGUUAUGUUC